UGACUAACAUUUACUCUCAAUUUAGAAAUUAAUCUAAUUGAUCUCGUCAACGAUUCUUACAAUUUAUUUCUUCAGUAGGAUGUAAAUUGUUAAACUUGUUCCUCAUCAUCAUCAGAAAAUAAGAUGGAUGAUAAAAGGAGUGAGAAGAUGAGAGAGAGAAGAAAAAAAGAGAAAACAACUUUAACCUUGAGUUUGCAAUUCGCUUCUAUUUUGGUUGAUCCUCAUUCUGGUUUUCUUCAAACUCUCAUCAUAAUCUGUGUCAUUAACCAUUUUAAUUUUAUUCUCUGAGUUAAUUAUUUAAAAUUCUAAUCAAUGUGGUUAAAUUGUGGACAAUUGAAUUGUUUCAAUUGAGUUUAAUCGACUGAUGAAUUUAAGAAAUUCCAACUCAUCCUGACUGGUCCUUUUUUCAUUGAAAUCUUUUCAUUUUCUCACCAACACCAACACCCUUUUACUUUUUGUUUACAAAUGAUUUCUCAUUGAUUCUCAAAUAAUAAUUUUAUUUGUUUGUGUUUCUGUUGAUAUUUGGUUAUUUGGUUCCAAUGGCUACUGAAGUUGAACCUCUUGAGAAUCAACAAUUAAGCCUUGAAAGGAUCAAUUGGAAUGACCCUGUUGGUACCAAUCAGGCUAAUCAUGGGCCUAAUCAUGAAAAUAUCGACCAAAUUCCAACUGUUGCUACUCGAGCUAAUUUACCAUCCGGACCAAUGGCGUUUCUUAAGACCACAGUUUUCCAGAGGAUGUUAGUGUUUUCCCUGAUGAGAUUGGGAAUUUAUUUGAAUAAAUUGUAUCAAGAUUUUGGUGCUACUUAUGAAUACAGAGAUCAGAGAGAUUACAAUUUUCUUGUCAUCUCUAUUAUCUCGCUAAUCGCUCCACCAAUACUUUACGCCCUUUUCCUAAUUGGAGCCAAUUUAUCCAAAGAUGAUGUCGUUGAUAAAAAGGAAGUUUCAACAAGAACCGUUAAUGGUAUUCUAUUGAUUCCCUGGCAGAUUAAGCGCCAUUUGGAUGUGUUACAUUUCUCAGCUCAACGUGUUUGCAAUUGGAGAACACCCAAUGAAGAUGAGAAUCAGAAUAUCAAACAGCUUCAAAUGUCCGCUGAAGUUUUAGAAUUUUUUGAAGACUUUUACGCUGGUUUUCUUCAAAUUGUCCUUCAAAUUUACAUUUUCCUCGGUACCGUUGAUUGGAUCGAUUCGCACAAACUCAAAAUUAAACCUUUAACCGGCGUUUUCGUUGGAUCAAUACUCAGCGUUCUAUCGAUGAUGAUUGCUGUUCGUCGUCGAGAUGAUGGUAAAUUAACUCAUUUUCUUUCCUUUUUCGGGUGGUUAUCAUUUAUCUCUUCACGGGUUCUUGUCUUUGCUCUGGUCACUACGGUCAUUCACUCGUGGAUGGUUGUCCUUUGCUUAAUCCAUGUUCUCGUGUUUUCCAUUUGGAUUUAUAACAUUGCCCUUGAAUCUUAUGGAAUCUCAAGUUCAUCCUCCAAUGUUACAAAUGCCCAAUGGUCAAGUCGACGGAAACGUUUAUCAAUCGCCGUUCUGGUUUUCCUAUUCUUUGGUGUUCCCUCUCUACUCAUCUGGCCGAUAAUGUUUCAAUUGAAGGAGGGUAAACGUCCUCUCAUAUUUUUACUCGUUUCCACCAUUGAAAAUUUAUUACUUCUCGGUGUUUGGUUAAUUUGGUUAAUGUCCAAUGAGGGAACUCAUCUCAACGAUUCAUUGGUACUUUUCAUCAUCGGUAUUGUUGCUGCUACUCUUUCAGGUGAUUUCUUAUUAAUGAUGUAUGUCUUUUGUAAGCCCAAAUAUACCGAUCAAGUGGUUCUCUACGAGAUCCAACAAUCUCGAACUAUGGACGCGCCAACAUUGGUUCGACUCGAUGGGACAAAUAAUCGAGCUUCUAAUGCUUUACAAUACGGAAUUUUCUACGAAUUUUGUGAUAUCGUAUUUAAAUUACCUUCUACUCAUAAAAUAGCCUCUGGACUGGAACAAGUUAGACAAAUGCAGCUCUAAAAGACUAAUUAAUCAAAAAAGAAAUUAAUUUAAUUGAAAAUAUUCUAAUUGAUGAUUGAUCAUCUUGGAUUCUCUACUUUUCCUGGUGCAAUUUAACGAAAGGCAAUCACACAAUCCAAUUGUUGAUUUCGAUUUACAUUACAAGGUACAAUUUGGUUCUAAUUACGAAUACAAAACAUUCAUUCCAUCCUUUAAAUUUUCCAUUGAUUAUGAUUAAGAUGUUGAUUAGAUGAUGAAAACCACGCAAUUUGUUAUAUUAAUUACUGCAUAAUGUUUACUAAUGUUAAAUCCAUAAAUUAAUUAUUGUUGAGAAUAUUUUCCUCAUCAUUAAGUUAGUCCUUUCAAUGGAUAAACACAAUUCAAGGAGAGAAAGAACAAUUAACAAUAAUCUUAAUUGUAAUUGUUGAUAAUAUUCUGAUAAUAAGUAUAUAUAUAAUUCAUAAUACUAAUCAAGAUUAUGAUUGAAACAAAGCAUUCAGGCUAAUUGCUCUAUUUUGUCUGUAAAACUUUUCCCGUUUCAUUUUUGUUUUCAUGAUUCCAUUUGAUUUGAUUUGCAUUAUUUUAUAUAUUAUUUAAUACUUUCACUUUUAUUGUUUAUCAAUCAAAUUGUAUUAACUUUCCCCAUUUAAAUCUGCACCAUACACACAAUCAAUUUGAUUGUGAAAUUGACAAUAAACGAUUGACAAAAAGGUAAAA